AUGUCUGCCAAAUCUCCUCUUCCGCAAAACGACAAUGUCGCCCACGCCCUUGCCGGGGCUGGCGGCGGCAUCCUCUCCAUGAUCCUGACCUACCCUCUCAUCACCCUCUCCACCAGAGCCCAGGUCGAGUCCAAAAAGGCCGAGAGCAAGUUCACCGAGGCCGUGCAGAAGAUCAUCGCGCGCGAGGGCUUCUCGGGCCUGUACUCGGGCAUCAACUCGGCCCUCUUCGGCAUCAGCGUCACCAACUUCAUCUACUACUACUGGUACGAGUGGACGCGGGCCUUCUUCGAAAAGGCCGCCACCCGCGCCGGCCGCGCCAGCAAGAAGCUCACCACCGUCGAGGCCAUGAUCGCCGGCGCCAUUGCCGGCUCGGCCACCGUCAUCAUCACGAACCCCAUCUGGGUCGUCAACACGCGCGUCACCACGCGCCGCCAGGAGCCCGACCUCGAGGCCGGCGGCGGCGGCGCCGACGGAAGACGCGCCAAGGCCCCUACCACGCUGGGGACGCUCAUGUCCUUGCUGAAGAAGGAGGGGCCGCGGGCCCUGUUCGCGGGAGUCAUCCCGGCGCUGGUGCUGGUCAUCAACCCCAUUCUCCAGUAUACGCUCUUCGAGCAGAUGAAGAAUGCUGUGGAGAAGAAGAGGAAGGUGACGCCCACCAUAGCGUUUGUCCUGGGGGCCCUGGGCAAGCUGUUUGCGACCAGCGUGACGUAUCCUUACAUCACCGCCAAGAGCCAGAUGCACGUCGCUGCCCAUAACGAGAAGAAGGAGGGCAUGUCCCAGGCCCUAAGGCGUGUGGUUAGGGACGAAGGCUAUGCCGGUCUAUACAAGGGCAUUGGCCCCAAGGUUACCCAGAGCGUCCUCACGGCUGCCUUCCUCUUCGCCUUCAAGGACGUUCUCUACGAGCAGACUGUGAGACUCAGGAUGGGCCGCAACAAGGCGUAG